AUGUUUCUUGUGGCACUAUUAGUCGCCUCAUCCGUUGCUCAAUCCCCUGCACCAAGUUUCACCGCCGCUCCAUCGCCGUAUUCCGCCGCGGAGCCACCGACCCCAGUUCCUGCUCCUCUCGUUGCGACUCCAUCGCCAUCGCCUUCCUCCGUCGCAGAAGCUGAGUCGUCCCCUGUUUCCGCCGCUUCUCCGGUGUCCAGUGCCGCCGCCGCCGCUCCCUCGCCUUCAAUCGCCAUGCCUCCGCCGUCUCCAUCGUCCACUACCGCCAUUAUGUUACUCAUUUUGGCUAACAACCAGUUUUCAGGAACAAUCCCUGUUUCCCUCUCGAACAUUUAUCGUUUGCUGUUGUUGGACUUAUCGAAAAACAGAUUUUCUGGUGAUACAUUCCCAGUUUUUGAUCCCAGUGGCUUACUUGCAUAUGUGGAUUUAUCCUCUAAUGACCUUUCAGGAGAAAUCCCUCUAAGCUUUCCUCAAGAAACCAAGAUUCUUGCCUUGGGAAACAAUAGAUUUUCUGGACCAUUGCCCAGAAAUCUGACUAAUAUGAGCAUGCUUGAACAUCUUGAUCUCCAUGACAACAAGAUCAGUGGAGAACUCCCCGAAUUCAUCACCCAAAUGUCAUCUCUUCGCAGUCUAAACCUUAGAAACAAUCUCCUCCGGGGCUCAGUACCAACCGGCCUAUCCAGAAUGGAAAAACUCCAAAUCUUGGACUUGUCAGACAACAGCUUCACCGGAAAAAUCCCAAAGGAGGUAGGAAAUCUUAUGGGAAUGAUCAACACACCGACCACAUUUUCAUCACUUCUGGACUUAUUCACUUUCAAGAUUGAGUACACAGACUUAAACGUGAUCUGGAAGAGAACGAUCCAAGGGAUUUCAUCAGGCGCUGCCAGUGACAUCUAUUCUUGGUUGGACUUGUCAAGCAACAGAUUUUCAGCUGAAAUCCCGCCAUCUUUAGGCAACCUUAAAGGCUUGAAGAUGCUGAACAUCUCCUUCUUCUCCGGCUUCUACCUCCCAUUUUUUUCUUUUUCGAUCGUCGUUGCAAGAAGGAAGACGAAGAACUCCCAAUAUCUGAAGGAAGUGAAGAAGAAGACUCUAAAAUGA